AAAGAAGAAGCAGAAGUAAGAAUAUCGAACCAGAUCCCACUUGAAACUUCUAAGGGAGUGAGCAUGAAUAGGAUGAAGCUAGAGGAACAAGAAGACCUAACCCUAAUCCCACUAACCACCCCUCUCCAAAUCGACAAAGACCUAACACUCCUCCCACGAAUCAAACUCAACCUCACAAUUCACCCUUCAAACCCAUCCUCCCUCACCUCUUCUUCAAUCGACCAAUUCCAGCUCAAAAACUCUUUACUCACAUUCCUUCAAACCUCCAAAACCCUCCCAUUUCCACUCCCCGAAGAAGAUCUCAUUUUCAAACGCUUUCAUAAAGACCCUAAAAAACGUAAACGCGAUGAGCCUCUCGUUUACGGUACACUUCACAUUUGGAACCUAACCUUUCUCCAAAGCAAAAACGACGUCGUAGAGACUCGUAACCGUUUAGUUGAGAAAAUGAAUGGGAUUGAAAUGAAUUUACUUGGGGUUAAGUUUAGGCUUGAGGUUAGUGUUUCUGAUUGUGAUGAUUUUGAAUUCAUGAAGAAAGGUUGGGAAGAGUUUUAUGCUUUUGGGAAUGGGAAUGGGAAUAGGAAGAGGGAGCCGGAUACUAUUGUCAUUAGAGGUGUUCCGUCGAGGUGGUUUGCUGAGACUAGAGUUUCUUCUAAACCGUCUAUGCUUGUUACUCAUACCAUUUUCGAAAAGUUUGGCAAGAUAAGGAAUCUUAAUGUUGCUGAGGACGAUUAUUCAGCAAAGGAUGCAAAUGAAGACAGUGGAGAUCUAGUUUCGGGGCUUUACUGCAAGAUUGUGGUUCAGUUUGAGAAAUAUAAAGACUUUCAUGAUGCAUUGAGAGUUCUCUGUGGUCGCUCUUUGCAAAAGCAAGGUUCAAGGUUAAAGGCUGACUACGAGGUUACUUGGGACAAAGAUGGAUUUUUUCGUAAUUCAAGGAAUCAACCUCAGGAGAAAAAUAACGCAGUAAUUGCAGCCGAUCAUUACAGAAGUGAAGCUCCCCGGCGCCAGGUUUACAAUUCUCGCCACAGUCCAGAUAGAGUUCGCCCGAGGAGAUUCAAGGAAUGAGGACUCAACUUUUUGUUUUGUUUUGUUUUGGAUACACACUUGGCAACAUUGUUGUUAUGAACUGAACUCAAAUUUAGACUCAUUGAAUGUUCGCUGACAUGGGCCUUCAGGGUCUACUCAAGCUUGUGGGGUUGGAUAGUGGGAUUGUAUUCAGCUGUAAUAACAUUUUAUAAUCUCAUUUUUUCCGAAUUUCGAAGAGCCUCAGCAGUUAAGGUUGCUCCUUGUGAUCAAGAUCACAAAUGUCCAAAACUGUAUACAUACUUUCUCAGUUUGGUGGGAAUUUUAUAACACCAUAAAUACCAGAUGCCGCUAUUUUGCUGAUAUUAUAAAUUAUUUGCUUUCCUUUGA